AUGUCCGCGCUCUUCAACUUCCAGUCGCUCCUCCUCGUCAUCCUGCUGCUCAUCUGCACGAGUACAUACGUCCACCACUUUACGCCGGGCAUUCUCGAUAGGAAUAAGAAUGGCGUUACCGGCAUCUUUUGGAAAUGCGCGAGGAUAGGCGAGAGACUCAGUCCAUACAUCAGCAUCUGCUGUGUUGUCAUGGCUGUUUCCAUCUUCUUCGGAUAG